AUGGGAUGUGCAAGAUCUGAAAGCGCAAAAAAAGCAGCCGGUAUGCAAGUACCAAAUUGGAAAUUUGAAACAUCAAAAUGCUAUUUUGAAGGGAAGGCUAGGUAUAGAAAGGAGGUACAUAUUGGACGUCCUCUCCCUUGUAAACACAUCAAUAGAACCACUCUCAAAGCUAAACUUGCUAGAGAGCUAGGGCUUCCUUCCGACACUGUCUUUAUUUUCCGCUAUAGCUUGAAGGAUCAACCAGAUCUUGGACCUUACAAACCGAUCCACAUCAAAGAAGGAACUGUGGUUGUUGUGGAUAAGAAGACCCUAAAUGUAGUAUUAAUUGUCCAAUGUAACCCAUGUGCCACAAUGGAGGAUAAGUUGAAAGAGAAGUUUGCUCACUCAAUAUCAACUACUUCCCUUCAUGCUCGUGCCUGCAAUAAUUUUAAAUUGCAUAAUUCAAUUCAAGGUAUCAAGGAUGAUGAAAGUUACACUGGUUUUAUGGGGUGCUGUGGGUGGAGAGGAGGUUGUGAAAAAUGUAAAUCAGCAGGUGUUUACAGUAUCAGCUCUUUCGGAUCCGCCAUUGAUGAGCGAAUUCAAAGUGAUCAAAAGCGUAUGGAACAAUUUCAUCGGAUUCACGACUUCUGGGCCAAGCACUUUGGCUCACUCUCAAUGUUUGUCUUUCAAACAAAUCUGGACUUGGCUUCCGAAGCCGAUGUCCCAGGAUUUCACAAUGCCAAAUGGCAGUAUACUCAAAAUGGCAAGGUCUUUGCAUCAAACCUAGUAGUUACCUGUGACGGAUUCUACAAUGAAGCUCAUUUGGAUCAUGAUCGUACAAGGUAUAGUUUUGGGAUGUUUUUCCUUGCGAAUCGGAAGACAGGCCGACCUCAUGAAAAGGCAAAAGAAAAGAAUCUAGGGAGUGGUAGAAAUGAUAUGGGACACGACUCCAGAUGGAAGUGUGACAAAACACAAAUUGUGUCAGGUGACCAGGUAUGGUUCCUCCUGUCAGAUUUCGGAGUCUUUGGGUCAAAGUAUCCAGUUCCUUUCUGA